AUGAAAAGGUUUGGUUGGUUAAAUAGAGGUUUUCGUGCCAUAACAUUAUAAAAUAAGUCAUUGCAGCUUAAACUGUUGAAAGUGUGUUUUUACAUAUAAAUCCAACCCGCUGAAAAGCCUUAAUCAUGCAGUAGGUGUGAAUCCAGUUGUUGAGGCAGCAAAGAUACAUGACCAAGAUAACCUACAAAGCACCAAGGCCCAUAUGUAUCAUUUAUUGGUAAGAACCAUCGAUCAGAGCUAGCAUAAUUACCAAACAUUCAUGGCGACUUACUUUGCCUUGUUGAUCCUGCUGAUGCGUCUAAUUUUAUCCAUCAGUGCAGCAGAUGAGCUCACCAGAAAUGAAGACCUUCUUGUUGCAAUCGGAGAGAUGCGGACUGCAAAUUAUUUCACCUUUGUCAUGCUGAUUAAUAUGAUCGCACCAGAUAGAAUACCAGCAAAUAUCACCUUCCUGAUGCCCAAUGAUCGGGUGCUAUCAAAGAUCACUCUGCCUGAGAAUGCAGUUUUCAACUUCCUAUUGAGACACUCAAUUCCUUCCCCACUUCUCUUUGAUGUCCUAAAUCAUUUCCCAACUGGCUCAACUAUUCCAACCUCCAGCUCAGGUUUCAUGCUCAGGAUCUCCAACAAUGGCAGAAGAAGCUUUUAUCUCAACAAUGUGCAGCUCAUUAGUCCAAAUAUCUGCACUUCAGGUCAUUCAAUCAGAUGCCAUGGCAUAAAUGGGGUGCUGAUGGCAACAGAACCUGACCAUAAUACAACGCUUCCUCCACCCACUUGCUCUUCUACAAGUCCCCAGAUUGUAUCCGCACCUACAACUCCAUCAUGGCCAUCACUACCCACACCACCAGCAGAUCCCCUGAUUACAACACCAACAGCUGCUCCACCAGUUGAUUUGGUAGUCAAUCCGCAGAGAUCAGGCUCUUCUCACUUCUCAAUUUCCAUAGGCUUAGUCGUCUCAACAACAACCUGUAUGAUGCUUUCCCUAGAGAGAUUCCAGAUAUCAUAGAAAUUAGAAAAAUCAUCUCUAGCAAAUGCAUUGAAAAUAUUGGAAAAUUCUUGAAGUCACAGAUUAUCUGAUAGCAUACCUGAUGAUAGAAUCCAUAAUCUAGUUUUUUGUUCAAGAAACAUGUGAAAAGCGUAAAAUCCAGAUGCAUAUCCUCAAUUUGCUUCUUCUGCAUGGUACAAUAAAAUCCAGGCAUUCUAAAUAGCCAAACAUUUCUUUCCAAUUUGAUGGGUUUUAAGCAAUUAGAUUGACACAACGGAUCAAAUUUAUAAGAAGGUUCCCAUUGCAAAUUGAUCAGACCUAUAAGCAUAAAUAUCCACUUAAGCACAUAAAUCUUCUAUAAACUCAGUAGGAUUUUCAAAAUAUCCAAAUAGCUCUUCCUAGUUUGAGGCUUAAAGAACAUUACUACACUUAUCUAGCAAAAACAAAAGCGCACAUUACUACACUUGGGGGACAUUUGAUAACCCAUUGUUUGACCAAAAAAAACAAAGUUAACAUUUGUGAUGGCUGAACUGAAUGACUCCUUGCUUUAUCUUUUAGUGAAUAGGUUAUGAAGCAGGUUGUGAGCUCCUUAAUGGCUGAAGCUGAGCAUCGCUGAUUAUGGUACCUUAAGAAUAUUUUAUUAUUUAAUUAUUUUAUACACUAAAACAAAGCAAUAAGUCAUUUAUAUCAGCCACUUCAGCCAUUAUAGAACAGCCCCUAAAACAAAGCAUCAAAUCUAUAAUUUAAGUUCUGAAAUUUUCCAAUGCAAAUUCGUAAGACCUAAAAACUAUAUCAAGCUACAACACAUACAAAUCCACUGAA